UUCAAGCAAAGGUUGGACAACUAAUUUUCCGGAACAAAAGGAAACUCAUGCAUCAGAAAAGGUGACUAAUAAACAUACCAAUAGAAUAUGGCUGCACAAAUACCAGAAUCUGAUCAGAUAAAACAGUUUAAGGAAUUUCUUGGAACCUACAAUAAACUUAUAGAAACCUGCUUUUUGGAUUGCGUUAAAGACUUUACAACAAGAGAAGUAAAACCUGAAGAGACCACCCGUUCCAAACGUUGCUUACAGAAAUAUUUAAAAAUGACACAAAGAAUAUCUAUGAGAUUUCAGGAAUAUCAUAUUCAGCAGAAUGAAGCCCUGGCAGCCAAAGCAGGACUUCUUGGCCAACCACGAUAGAAAAGUCCUAAUGGAUA